UACUAGUACUUCUGUUUAGAAUGGAAUUAGCAUACUACUCUUGACAAAGCCAUUCAAAUGCAAAUGAUAUACUAUCUUCACUUGCUUUUCUUCUUCUUUGCUCUUGGUCCACUAGCUUCAUCUCCUAGUCUAACCCAUAAACCAGGCUGCCCCGCCCGAUGUGGGAAUGUGAUGAUUCCAUAUCCAUUUGGAGUCGGGUCGGGUUGCUCACUCGGGUCAUCGUUUCACAUCGUUUGCAACACCUCCACCAUCCCUCCCAAACCCUAUCUCAACAUCAGAAAUUAUAAUUUAGAAGUGGUUGAGAUAAGAAGUGAUAACCCGACCCAUAUCCGGAUCCGGUACCCCUACCUGCUUCAUGGAGUUUGCUAUAAUCUAACUUCAGGCAACGUAACGUGGGAAGGUGGGAGGGAUAUUUACUUGUCGGAGACCCAAUAUACGUUGUCGGAAAACAACUGGCUGACUGCCAUUGGCUGCGAUGACUUUGGGGAGGCCCUUACACUUCGGGGCCAAGAAUACUACGGGGACCCAGGACACCGCGAUGCCUGCGUAGGCUUCUGUUCAGGUAAUAGGUCUACUGUCGGAGUUUGCCCGAACAACGAUGACAGCAAUUCCGUGGGCGAGGGCUGUUGCCGGGUACCCAUCGCCAAAGGUACCUGGUACCUUGAUAUCGGUUUGUCUGACCUGACUAAAAUCGUGAAUCGCACGAGGCUUUUCCCUUGUAGCUAUGCCUUUGUGAAGGAGAAGGGAAUCAUCAACGAGCCUUCCCACUCGUAUAAUCUCAGCAUCCUGCAGCAAAGCUCCAUAGCGUUCUCUCAAAAAAAUCAAUGGCCGCAGGUGAUUAGUCUGGAUUGGAGGAUUGGCGACCGUAAUUGCUCUCGAGCACGCAGAAACUCGACUUAUGCAUGUCAAGCUAACUCUCAUUGUGUUGAUCUUGGUCCUGACAUUGAGGGAUACCUUUGCAACUGCUCGCAUGGAUAUGUUGGCAAUCCAUACCUCUACCCAGGCUGCACAGAUAUAAAUGAAUGUGAUGAUAAUCCAUGUGCUCCACAUGCACAAUGCAAGAAUACUCCCGGCAAUUUUAGUUGUACGUGUGAUAGUGGAUAUAAUGGUGACGGUAAGAAGGGUGGAAGUGGUUGCACAAGCUCAAUCAAAUUUGUCCUAAUAGGUUUAGGUUCUGCUUUGGGACUUCUUCUACUUCUUUUACUAUGUUUUUGGUUGCGAAAGGUGGUUGAGAAGAGAAAAAAUAGAAAACGCAAAGAAGAUCUCUUCAAACACCUUCUUCUCCUUCAACAACAAACAGGUGAGGGAACAUUUGGAAAAACCAAACUUUUCGGUGCAAAAGAGUUGGAGAAAGCCACCGAUCAUUUCAACAAGAACCGAAUUUGUGGACGAGGAGGGCAAGGCAUUGUCUACAAAGGCAUGUUGUCCGAUGGCACAAUCGUGGCAAUCAAGAAACUAAACAAGGUUGAUGAGAACCAACUUGUGCAGUUCAUCAAUGAGGUCAUGAUAUUGUCGCAGAUCAAUCACAAGAAUGUGGUCAAAUUGUUAGGGUGUUGUCUUGCGACUCAGGAUCCUCUUCUUGUCUAUGAGUUCUUACCAAAUGGGACACUUUUCGAUUCCAUUCAUGAUCCAAAACCCGAAUUCCCGCUCACGUGGAACAUGCGGUUGAAAAUUGCCACAGAUGUAGCGGGGGCACUGGCGUACUUACACUUCGCGUCUUCUAUACCAAUCUAUCACAGAGACAUCAAGUCCACUAAUAUUCUUUUGGAUGAAAAGAAUGUUGUCAAAGUGUCGGAUUUCGGAAUUUCCAAACUUGUUGAAGUGGACCAGACUCAUCUAACCACAGUGGUGAAAGGGACGUUUGGGUAUUUAGACCCAGAGUAUUACCAAACAAGCCAGUAUACAGAAAAGAGCGACGUAUACAGCUUUGGAGUAGUUAUUCUCGAACUCCUAACAGGGCAACGACCGAUAUCAAUGGAGAGAACGGAGGUGGGAAGAAACCUAGCUUCGCAUUUUCUUGCGUAUAUAGGAGCGGACAACCUUGACGCCAUUUUAGACGCACAGGUUUUAGAGGAAGGUGGAAAAGACGAGGUUAUUGCAGUUGCAAGGCUUGCGAGAAGAUGCUUGAAUGUUAAGGGGCAAAUGCGACCAACUAUGAAAGAAGUGGCUACGGAAUUGGAAAGUUUAGUAAUGUCUCAAAUACAUCCAGCCGUUGAUUUGAAACUCGAUAAAGAAGCAAUAGAGUCUGAAGCAAAGGACAUGGAGUUUUCAGACAUUGAGUACUCAUGGACAAGCAAUGAUCAUGGGAUAGCCACGUCAUCAUCAGAUGCACAUCCUUGAUGUCUAAAGACUAAAGGGGUAUGGCUUCAUUUAUUUUAUAUUAUGGUUGUUGCACUAACAAAAGAUCCCAUGCAUGCUUUUUUAUGUGUUGUGUGUAGUCCUACAAGAUUUCUUAGUUGAUACAGUAUGUUACAAUAUUUUCUAUUUUUUAUUACAAUUAAACUCUUUAAGUUCAUAAAUUAAUAAUAUGAUAAUAGAAUUAAUUAGGUUUCUUUUAGCUUAUA